AUGCGAUACCAGCCAGCCUCCAGCCGCGCCGGUCUCCACGCCGCUGGAGACUCCCCGGUCCGGGACGCCGUCGCUGAGGGAGCUCACCUCGAUCUGAAAAGCGCCUACUUGCCCGUGACCCCCGGCUGCGCCUGGCCGCCUGCCAAGGCCCGGUCCGCCCGGCCGCCUGUUAUCGACGCGCCGCCCCCGCCGCCUCCGCCGCCCCCGCCGCCGCCCCCCGACACACACACACAGCGGCGGCGCUGCGGCAGGAGCCGCAUCCGUGACGCACCGCGGCCGGGCCACCGCCGCGCCGCGCCGUGCAGUGUUCUGUCGUCAUACGCGCCUCGGACACCCCACCCACCAGGCCGUGACGCCGCGCCCGAUAAACUCCUGCCUGCCUCCUCUGACGCCGCGGAAUAUUUCAGCGGCCCGGCCGCCGCGUCACGCGCUAUUUCGGGCUGGGAGAGCAAAGCAGCGCUGCGAACGUUGCCCGUACGGCAGCCGCUGCCUGGGAGCACGGUCGCCCUUCGUGGGCCACCAGUGUUAAACGGCUGCACUGAGGCACAUCACACGCAGAUGCUAUGUGGUUGCUUCGACCGCCGGGCGGACACGGCAGGUGAGCCUGAGCGUUCCCAGGCGGCGACUGCUGCCGCCCCUCGUAGCAGCGGCGGCGCGUGA